AGACUUUUCGGCUCAAUCGUGGAGACACUGACCUGGCUCCCAAUACUUCCCCAUGGCCAUGUUCUGCUGCGAACAGCAAGGCAAAGAAGUUGGCGAAGCGAUCAUCAAUGCCGAUCCGCCUUUGCAGGAAGACAGCGCCAAGAACGACGUGGACGAGGCAGUUGCGAAGGGCGCCUCUCCUGAGCUGAUGGCCCUAGCAGAGGAGGAGCCAGAGGAGGAUGCUCCAGCGCCACAAAAGGAGGAGGCACCGACCAAGCCAAAGCCUGCGAUGGCGUCCACCUGGAAGCUGUUCUCCAUGAUGAACUGCACUGAGGCUUUGGUCUUGUUGGUGGGCACGCUGGGCGCCAUCGGCAACGGGGUCUCCCAGCCUUUGCUUUGCAUCGUCUUCGGUGACCUCAUCGACUCCAUGGGCACCAACACCGUGCCGGUCUUUGGUUCAAUGACGGAAGCAGAGGUUCAAGCGAUGCUGGACCAGGGCAUGACUGGCAUGAUGGAGGAGAUGCAGCGCUUGUGCGUCACCAUGUGCUUGGUGGGCGUCGGCUGCACCUUCGCGGCGACCUUGCAGGGGGCGUGCUUCAAGGUCUUCAGCGAGAUGCAGACCAGGAAGUUCAGGAUGGUGUACUUCGACAUCGUGCUCCAUCAGGAUGUGAGCUGGUUCGACCUCAAGGAAGUGGCGGCGUUGCCCGCAGAGAUCAACGACGACCUGGACAAGAUCGGAGAUGCCUUUGGGGACAAGUUCGGCAACGGGAUCCAAGCCGGGUCGGCGUUCAUUGCGGGCUUCGCCUGCGCCUUUGGCAUGGGGUGGCUGGUGGCGCUGGUGAUGUGCGCCAUUCUUCCCUUCAUGGGAGUGGGUGCGGCAAUCAUGGGCAAGGCCGUGCAGGAGAUUCAGCUGGAGUCCCAGAGUUGGUAUGCCAAGGCCUCUGCUGUGGUGGAGGAAUGCCUCUACGCCAUGCGCACGGUGGUUGCCUUCGGAGGGGAACGCAGGGAGUUGAAGAAGUUCGGUGAUGCCUUGGUGCAGACCCGGAGGGGCGGCGUGAGGAACGGCUUCAAAGUCGGAGCAGGCAUGGGCUACACCAUGAUGGUUGUCUUCUUCGGCUACGGGCUGGCCUUUUACUUCGGGAUGACAUUGAAGUACAACAACCAAAUUAACCCGGCCACCGGUCAGGAGUGGAGGCCAGGGAAUAUCAUGGCCAUUUUCUUCUGCAUCUUCAUCGGCAGCUUCAUGAUCGGCAACCUGGACCCCAGCAUCAAGGCCAUGAUGUCUGCCCGCAUGGCUGCCGGCCGCUUCUUCAAGGUGAAAGACAACAAGCCAGAGGUGCAGUGCAUUGGCAACGACACGCGGCAAGACUUGAAGAGCAUCACCAAGUUUGAGCUGAAGGACGUGGUCUUCUACUACCCGGCCCGGCCGGAAGUCAAGAUCUUGAACGGCCUGUCAAUGUCAAUCACUCGCGGUCAGAAAGUAGCCGUGGUUGGCGAGAGCGGCAGCGGCAAGUCUACCGUCAUGGCGUUGCUGGAGCGUUUCUACGAUCCCAACACUGGCACUGUGCUGGUCAACGGCCAGGACAUGAAGACCUUCAAGACCACCGCCCUGCGGCGCUGCAUCGGCUACGUGGGCCAGGAGCCGGUGCUCUUCGCGAGCUCCAUCAAGCACAACAUCAUGCAGGGCUGCCCUGAGGCCUCCAAGGAGGACUUUGUCCAGGCCUGCGCCGAUGCUCAGCUGGGCUUUGUGGACAACCUCCCGGAGAAGUACAACACCUUCGUGGGAGCUGGAGGGGGCCAGCUCUCCGGUGGCCAGAAGCAGCGCAUUGCCAUCGCCCGGGCCUUGCUGAAGAAGGCCUCCUUCCUCUUCCUGGAUGAGGCGACCAGCGCACUUGACAACACUUCCGAAAAGAUGAUUCAGCAGACCAUCGACAGCAUCAGCUCAAAGUCGGAUAACGGCAUGGGCAUUGUGAGCAUUGCCCACCGCCUCAGCACGGUUCGGAACGCUGAUCUCAUCUACGUGCUGAACCGCGGUAGCCUUGUGGAGCACGGCAACCACGCAACGCUGAUGGAGAAGAAGGGAGCCUACUACGCCCUCGUGGCCACGCAGGAGAGCUCCCAAAAGGCUGAGGAGGCAGAGGUGGUGACCACAGAGCACUCCUCCGUGAUGUUGGCACGCCAGCUCUCUGGGCACAGCGCGGAAUCCGAGACGAAGCGUCAAGCCCGGGAGCAGAAAGAGGAGGAGGAGCGGACCAAGCAGAUCAACAAGCAGUACCAGGUGCCCAUGGGCCGGUUGCUGAGCUACAACAAGCCGGAGUGGCCCUUCUUCGUCCCCGCGAUUCUGGGUGCCUUGGUGGACGGCGCGGCGAUGCCCUUGUGCACCGUGGCCUUGGUGGGGUCCAUGAAGGCUUUCUACAAGACGGACAAGGAGGAGAUGCGUUCCGACCUGGAGUUCAUGUCGCUGCUCUUUGUCAUCAUCGGACUGAGCUGCUUGCUGGGCUCCACCAUCUCCCAUGGCUGCUUCGCCAUCUUGGGCGAGGCUAUGACUCAGCGCCUUCGUGUGAACAUCCUCACCACCAUGUUCCGCCAGGAGGUGGGCUUCCACGACAACCCCGAGAACACCCCGGGCAUGCUCUCCAAAGCUUUGGAGCUCUGGGCCUUCCGAGUGAGCACUUUGUGCAAGUCCAUCCAGGCGAAGGCCGCUGCCCUGAGCUCUAUGUUGGUUGGCCUCACCUUGGCGUUUGCGUACUGCUGGCAGAUGGCGCUGAUUAUGCUGGGCUCCAUUCCCAUCAUGAUCGUGGCCAAUGCGAUCCAGAUGCUGGUGCUCCUUGGGGCGACCAAAAACGAGAACGAGGAUCUCACCAUGGCACAGCAGAUCGUGACGGACUCGGUGAUGAACGCACGCACCGUGCAGGC